AGUAAUCAUGACAAUGGUGUUCAUUUGUGAAGAUUAUCUAGCUGAACAAAACCUAUCAGAUUACUGCUUCAAAAUGAACCAACUCAAACUGCUCGAUGACAAACAGCAUUUCGUCUUCAUCCUCAUCACCAUGUUGGCCCUUCUGUGCUCCAGCCAGAUCUUACCGAGGACAGAUCCUCCUAUAGGCCCCGGCCACCCCUUCCUGUUCAUGUGGAACGCCCCGACCGAGCUGUGCGACAUCCGCUUCGGCAUGCCUCUCGACCUCUCCUACUUCCACUUUGUCAGCAGCACGCUGAGGACAGCAACCAACCAGAGCGUCUCCAUAUUCUACACCGACCGCUUCGGCAUCUUCCCCUACUUGGAUGAAGACACUGGUGAGAUGUACGAUGAGGGUCUGCCGCAGCUGGUAGACCUGGAGGAGCAUCACGAUGAGGCCGAGGAUGACAUCGAGUACUACAUCCCUUCUGACAUACCGGGCCUCGCUGUGCUUGACUUUGAGGAGUGGAGGCCGCAGUGGAUCAGAAACUGGGGCGACAAAGACAUCUAUCGAGAGAUGUCCAUUGAAACGGUCAAGAUGAAGAACCCGCUGCUUUCUGAGGACGAGGCGGAGGACAGGGCCAAGAUCGUAUUCGAACGUGCAGCCAAGAGGUACUUCCUUCGAUCCAUCCGCAUCGGCAAGAGGAUGAGGCCCAAAAGACUCUGGGGUUACUACCUGUACCCCGACUGCUACAACUACGACUACAACCAGGACAUGGUGGGCUUCACUGGAGAGUGUCCCGCCAUUGAGAAGGAAAGGAACGAUGAGCUGAUGUGGCUCUGGAAAGAUUCCACAGCACUCUUUCCAUCCAUCUACCUGGAGCUGGUGCUCAGAGACUCCCAGCAGGCCCGGAAGUUUGUUCGCCAUCGCAUCCAGGAGGCCAUGAGGGUGUCAACACUCCCCAACAGAUCCUACUCCAUCCCCGUCUACGCCUACAUCCGCCCGGUGUACAAGGAUAGCAUCGAUGACUACAUGUCAGAGUUUGAUCUGGUGAACACCAUCGGAGAAGCUGCUGCUCUCGGCGCCGCUGGCGUUGUUUCCUGGGGAGACAUGAAUGUCACCGACACAGAGGACUCCUGCUUUGACGCUCGGCGCCACCUGGAGCGGGUCAUGAACCCGUACAUCGUGAAUGUCUCCACAGCAACGCAACUCUGCAGCCAGGCGCUCUGCCAGGGCCAUGGACGCUGUGUGAGGAAGCAGUGGGACGAUGACGUCUUCCUCCACCUUGACCCGCGGCGUUACAGCAUUGAGCAGCAAAGCCGCGGCGGCCCUCUGACUGUGAGUGGCGGCCUGUCACAGGAUGACAUCAACUGGUUUGACCAAAACUUCGACUGCAUGUGCUACAGCGAGAAGCCGUGUCGAUCGGUCCUGACGUUCAACAUCAUUAACGAGGCCUUCCUCACCACGAGGAGUCAAGCAGACAGACACCAUCAGAACAGUGGAAAUGCAGUAUGGAAAGGCGACCACUAGAUGGCAGAGCAGCCUGAUCACAGACAGAGAAGGAGGAGGAGGAGGAGGAGAAGGAGGGGGAGGAGGAGGAGAAGGAGGGGGAGGAGGAGGAAAAUCUGGAGACGAAAGGAGAAGCUUUUACUGGAAUCCAGUGUUUUGUUUUGUUUUUCAAACACAAAGAGGGAGCUUGGCAUUAAACAGACUGUGACUUUAGAAGAUAUCUGUUGGGUUUGGCUAAACUCAUCCUGCUGAAGCUUCAUCAGCCACACUUCUGAAUACAUUUUUGCACAGAACAUCGACUGUGAAUUUUGUCUCUCAUCUCUCACAUUGCAAGCUCAUUAGGAUCCAGUAAUGCAGUGGCUCCAGACUGUUCCUUAGUUAUUAGUUCGAGGUCCACACAGUUAAAUACGUUCCACAUCAUUCAUUACUUGUGUUUGGCCGUGUCUUCGAGCAUGUCACUCACACUACAGCAGGAAAUGACACUCCAAAAUAAAAGCUCUGUGCUGGAAUUUACUGUACUUAAAAAUAAAGUGUGUUUGGUUUUUUGGGGGGUUUUUUUUCCCCACAAGUUUAACAUGUUUGUGAGUCACUUGCGGUCCAUUCAGAAUGGGCCAGCAACCCACCUUUGGAAUAAAAUCUGUUUCAGCGUUUA